AUGAUCUGCAACGUGACGCCCCUGAAGAAGUACGCGGAGAUCAGCUACCGCGUGAAAUGCGUCUCCGUGGAGAACGAGCGCGUGUUCGGUGACGUCUACGUCACUCAACAGACGCGAAAUUUGUUGUACUGCGCGGACGGAUAUCAGUUUCCUUCGUUGUACGAGCGGAGAAGAUGUAACAUCAUUCAGAGAAGCUGGAAGGGUCCAGAUUUUAUGGAACUGAACCGUAGGAGAGCGGUUAGAAGGGCUAGUUGCGCGCCGGUUAAAGUGGAGAGGAAACGUCUGAAACGAUGGAAAUCUAUGGGCGAUACUGAGAAAAUAAUUCAGGACGAGUGUGAGACUGUCGUCGAGGUUGCGGAAAGAGAAAUUGACGUUUGGAAACCUAAGACUUAUCCGGCACCGUUGCCCAAUCCACUAGAGAAGAAGGAAGGAGAAUUUUCGUCGUUAGUGGAUCGACUGUUGUUAGAUAUUUACGGGUUGCCAGACGGCGACAGACGGCGAUCGGAGAGCGACUCGACAGCCUCGUCCCUACGGAUACGUCCGCAACAUCAGCAUCUACAAAAGGCGCGUCUGCUAUGGAAAAGCAAGCACGAGCUACACAUUUUGGUGCUGAAUUUACGCGACCACAUAAAUUACGUCGGUGGAAUACUGGUUCGACAGCUGCGUCGAAAGGAUUACCUCGUCAACAAACGUGAAAAGCUGUGCGCCAUAAUUACGGCACAUAUUCAAGCCCUCAGUUUGAAACGCAUCGAAGACACGAAGAUGAGAUUUAGCCUGACACCGCAACCAGGAGAAAGUGGUUUUAUACAAUGGCUGGACGCGAUGAAAAUGGUUGCCAGGUUACCUGGAGGAAUACCGCCAGAAUUUCGAAAGAAGUUAUGGCUGACGCUGGCAGAACGUCAUCUAGAGCAACGCAGCGUAGAUUGGAAGAGCGCUGAAAAGAUCUGCUUCAACGAGUGGAGCAAUCCCGACGAUGAAGAGCUCGGUAUACAAAUCGUUAAAGAUCUACACAGAACAGGCUGCAGUCUAUUUUGCGGCGCGGCUGGCAGAGACAAUCAGGCGGUGCUUCGUCGAGUUCUGCUCGGUUUCGCCCGAUGGAACAAGUCAGUUGGCUAUUGCCAAGGCUUGAACGUCCUCGCCGCCCUCGUUCUGCAGGUCAUGGAUCGCGCAGAAUCCGCGGCGGUGAAGGUGAUGAUCUACCUGAUAGAGGGUGUCCUCCCGGAGGGUUACUUCGCCGACAAUCUACGCGGUCUCUCGGUCGAUAUGGCGGUGUUUCGCGAUCUGCUGCGCGCAAGGCUGCCGAAACUCUCGAAACACCUGGAGGCGCUGCAGAACGACGCGAAGGACAAGGCGACAGGCAGCAGUUACGAGCCACCGUUGACGAAUGUGUUCACCAUGCAAUGGUUCCUUACACUCUUCUGUCACUGUUUGCCCCAAGAGGCGGUGCUCAGGGUAUGGGAUCUGAUAUUCCUCGAGGGAGAUGAGAUUUUACUGAGGACCGCGUUGACCAUCUGGGAGGGACUUUCGGAUCGGAUCAUGACAGUGACAUCGGCAGACGAGUUUUACAGCAUAAUGGGAGUUUUAACGAGGGAGAUGCUCGAAUUCACAGACACGAACAGUCUCAUAAAGAACAUAGUUGUCAUGGGAGCUUUGCAAGGCGUAACGGGACUGAGAGAGAAGCACCGAUACAAUAUCACACCUUGGGCGAGAAAACUGAGCGACGAUGACGACAGCGAUACGGAGGAGGACGAGAGAUUAGCGGUGGCUGCUGCGAUGUUUAGCAUGGCGCAGCGUUUGAAGAAAGACCGUCUACCGCAAACGAUCGGAGCCCUGCAGGCAAUGGCACCCAGCAGCGACCGUGAACGGCUCGCUUUGGAUAUCGGCACGUUGAAACAGCAGUACGCCAAGUUACGGGAACGGCAACGACAGGCUCACAUUAUACUAUCUGCUGCAUGUGCAAGGCAGACCAUGGUACCACCUCCUACUUCUCAGGCCAUGAAUCAUCUUUUAGUGGGCAAAAAUGCGCUCGUGAGUGGGAAGAAUCGACCCCUGAGCCUACCUUCUGGUAACGCGGCGCCGCCGCCGAAGACAAGACCCACGACACUAAAUCAAAACCGUAGGGACAGACAGGGCGUCACGCUCCAUUGGAAAGACACGAAGAAGCUGAAGCAAAAGACGUCGCCAGGAACGCAAGUCACAGCAACGACGCUACAAACUACUGAAGUCGACCUGACGUCUCCAAAGCGCAACAGCGGCGACAGCGACAGCGACAGCACGUCCACGGAGUUGUGCGACGAGCCAGAUCGUCUCAGUGAUGUCGACAGCGAAGAUCAAACUUCAACAUCCGAAUCCGGCGUUCUAGCAAAAGACGAAGAGAAGAGCACUCGAGUGGACAUCUCGUCGACUUCGGAGAAGCCACUCGACCGUUCGUUGCCCGAGGAGAAGAAAACCGAGGCGAUCAAUCUCGAGGACUCGAAGGACUCGAAUACUUGCGAGCAGAAUUUGGGCGACAUGUCGAUCGCCAAGAUCACCGAUCAAAUACGACGACUGUCCGAGGAGGAUGACAAUAAUUCGAUGGUUCCUCAGAAGUUCAGCGUGCAGACUAAAGAAUCGCCAAACGGUUCCUCUACUAAGGAAAUAGAGAAGGAGAAAUCGAUACCUGACCUACCUAUGGAUUUUACUCCGGAUAGCAAUAUCGCGAAGAAAUCGUUGGCUCUAGACGCGUACGAUUAUUUGGGAUUUAGUAACAGUAUUCUUAGCUCGAAAGAGGAGGAAGUGUUGGUACACGAGAGACACAAACCUAAGCAAACCAUCGACGAAGUCGUGGACGUUCCUCGAGAAGAAGUUGCAACGGCGAAGAAAGAAGAAGUCGAGGACAAAGCACCUACUACUGUCGAACAAGAUUCUUCGAAAAUAUUUUCAGAUUACGCGAAACCGUUGGAUCUAGAAUACGACAAAGUCGCUGACAAACCUAGCCUCGACCCGGAGAAGGAAAACGAGGUGAAAUCAGAUCGUUUCAACUUCGACUUCUCCGCUAAAAUAUCUCUAGACGUGAAACCGUACGAAAGCUCGAAGGUGGGAAGUUUAAUCAGCGACACUUCAAGCACAGUCAAUACCGAUAGAACACUUUACUGCAAGACCUACGUAGGUCAUCUUCCUAUUUCACCUAUAACAGUCGAUCAAAAGUUAAGCAAAAUCACACCAACUAUACACGGAACCAAUAGUAUCACGGUACUGACUCCUGAGAAAUCAACAACUCUGGAAACAAGUUUAGAGAAGGCGUCUUUCACGGAUAGAAUACAGGUGCCACAGACGAAAGUCUAUUCAGAUCUGAUGAAGAGUCCUAAGACUCCAGAGAGCAACAAAUCCUUCAGCUCGGGCGAAACUAUGGGACCUGAUUCGAAACCUUCGAGCGUAACAGUGAGUCCAAGGACUCCGGUGAAGUCGGAUUCUCGAGAUUUCUCAAUGGACAAAUCGAUGUGCUCGUCGGUCAGCUCUGAUUCCAAGACUCUGGUCCUCCGUUCGAUAGACUCCGACGGUACCAGGGACAGCACGAAGACGGACACGAAGAAAUACGAAAUAUCAAGCUCAACGACACCGAUCAGCACCGAUUCCUUGAAGAACAAGUCAGAGGCUAGUCCGAAGCUCGUAGUGAGCAGUUCCAGCGAUUCGUGCAGUCCGAGCAAGCUAAAGUCUUCCGAGAGGUCGUUCAGUUCGGAUCUACAAUCGCCAAUAAGUGCCAACUCCAUAAAAUUUACCUCGAACUUCAAUAGACGUGGCCAAGACGACGUGUCUGGCUCGUCUAUGGAUCUAAGCAGCGCUACGUCGCCGUUCUACCCGAUUUCCAACCCUAAUCAAAAGACUCCGCCGUCUCCUUACAGCACGUCUAGACGAAGAUCUAGCUUGGACAGCAGCGAAACGUCGCCUGAACAAAAAUCGACCAGUUCCAAGGAAUCGAACAAGUAUCUCGGUUAUCAGUCCAAGUUCGACGCUUCCUUGAAGACGCCUGACGUGAAGGACAUCGACAGCGUGUCUCGAAAAACCGACAGCUUGGUCAGAUCAGAAUUUAGUAGCAAAAAAGAGGAUUCGAGUUUGAAUUUGACCGAGAAGAGAAGAAACGGCGGCGACGAUGUUAGUUAUUAUUCGACGGCUAGUACUGAUUACUAUAAGAACGACAAGGACGUGUUGGACGACGGAGGGGACGAUCCUUUGUCGGAGAAAGACGUGGUACCGUGUUUGCCUCAGGAAAAGUUGGACAAGCAUUAUUUGAACUACCGUUACAGAGAUCGAUCGAAGUUACUGGAGAGAAGUUCCAGCAGUCUGGACAGUAGGAGGUUCGCCGACCUGAAAUCGUCCUCUUCCACGGACGAGUUCGCCACUUCGAUCGCCAAGAAGAGAUCCAGCGACAUUCUCGAGGACAUAAAACACUUGGAGGCGAAGGCGAACGACGGAACGUCGGACAGCGGGAUGAUGACGAAGAAGAGCAGUUACAUUUGGGAGGAUCUGAAGAACCUCGAGGCCAGACGACAGGACACCUUCAGCAAUUCCGCGAGAAAUUUUUCGAAACGUCGCCUCGAGAUACCCGAUAUAAACGUAACCGUGGAGGGUAGAAAAUCGUACGUGGUUUAUCCGAAGAUCAACAUAGACGAGAACAGCGAUAGCAUACUGAAGACGGUAGCGUGCAGCAAAGACGACAACGAAAUCGACGACGGCAGAGAGUCGAAAUUGGGAGUGUGGACGAAGGUGAAACCUCGGAAAAAGUGCGACAACGGAAGGAGAAACAGCGACAGAGCUUUGAAGAUUAUUCAAGAGAAUUCCGCGAUACUACAGAAGAUCCUCGCCUGUCAGGCGAAGAAACGUCUGCCGGAUCUGGAGGAAAUCUCCAAGGAGAUCACGAUUAGCCCUAUUAACGAGGAAAUUUCGAAGAUCUUCAGUCCGAUAUUGGAGAAGAUGGGACUGAACGAGCACCAGAUCAACGAAGAAUUAGCGAGGAUCAAUUUCAAGGACUUCGACAACAUGACAGCGACCAGCGUGUCCGAGUUCGACGCUAAGAUCGACGACGAAUUGUCCAAGUUGUCUUUGAUCGAUGAAACGGAACAGAUGGACCAUUUCGACGUGGACGAGAUGAUAUCUCACGAAUACUUAGACACCAGGGAAGCUCUGAUAGACCGUAAGAUUAACGAGGAGUUGUCGAAACUGUUGGCGAACUACGAGGAACACUCUCCCGCCAGUAUGGUCACGCUGGACAAAGGACCGUCCAGUCAGAACGUGAGUGAAAUCGAGGGAUUAGAUUUGUCCAGUAUCUCCACGAACGUGUUCUCCUAUAAAUCGUCCAACGACUCGAUCGACGCGAGAAGCGACUUGGGCUCGACGCAGGAGUCAUCCAUCCCCGUCGACAACUUUCCUAAAUACACGGAAAACGUGUUACCGUACGCUGUACCGAAAUACCAGCUGGACGAUUCGUCGCCGAAAAGCGACAUAGACAUCUACAGAGAAUUAGAGAAGCUCGACAAGAUCUCGUCUGCACAGGUGUUACCUGAUCCAACAUUAGAGCUUCCUCAAAAGGAUCUCUCCUCGAUCCCCUACGUUCCAAACACUUCUCCGUUCAAAGACGUACCGCCGCUUAGAUACACCUCUAAACCGGCCCAAUACGACACGUCACCUAUGAAAAGCUCCUACGAUCCCUACAAAGCGUUCGACUUCAAGCCUAAACUGUCGCCAAAGCACGCCUCCACCAAUCCAUUCGUGACAGCUCCGUACGACAAACCAAUCGUCGAUACUACCUUCGAAUACAUCAAUCACAAACCUGACCUCUCGAUCAACACUUACGAUUUACACCUGAAGAGUCCCAUGAUGACAAAAGAGUCUUUAGAAUUUCGGGUCAGAUACGACGACGAUCCAAACAGAGAAGUUAGCAGCGAUUACAUGUCUCUUCAAUCGGACGCUAGAUCCAUGGUUACCACGAACAAGUCUCCUUAUUACAGCAACGGUAACACCGAGCCUAUGACGUCACCUAAGUACAUCUCCAAGGAAGACAUGUGUUUGGACACUUUAACGCAACAGACUGCUACUUUCUUGGAUUACUCGAGCGAACCCUCGGAGUUCCUUCGACGCAAGUACAAUCCACUGUCGCCUAAGGAAUAUUCUCACGGGAAGAGUACAGAUUACGACAGACACUUGAGCACGUUGCCGCCGAUAGACACCGCAGAUACAGGAUCGUAUUUACCGACGAGACACAGGGACUAUCAUCCUUUGUCUCCCAGUCGUCAGUUCUCCGAUCAACACUUUCCCUCGGCGAUCAAUCACUACGCCUCGAAGCUCCCGCCGGGUAUGUUGGACGAGUCGAAACGUCCCGUUUCUCACCCCGAAUUCCCCGGUAAGCUACACGUUGGAAAAUACACCGAGCUGUCCGACAGAGGAUCGAGCAACUACAAGAAAUCGUCGUUGAGUCUGGGUAACAUCGGGCACUCUAGCAAAGCUGGAGAGAAUAAUUACAACACCGUGACUAGCCCCAAGACGCAAUUCAGUCCGUUUCCGGUACGUAACGCGCCUAGGAAACCUAAGGAACUCACGUUGAAACUUGGUCUCUACUCGCCGAAAAGUUCCGACAUAGGACAGUUGAAGAGGUCAUAG